AUGGGAUCUCCAUUGCAAAAACAAUCAGCUGCAGUUGAUAUUGGAUCAGCAAUCAAAGAGGUAGCUAAGGGCCACGAAUUAUCGUCGAGGCUCCACAAUUUGCUUCGUGAGGCCAGGUUUCGGUAUCCGCUGGCGUUGGAGAUCAGCCUGCCGUGCUCGGAGAGGGAGGAGAGCCGGACGUCCACGGCGGAGGUGGAGGCCGUGGGGUUUGACGAUAAGAGUCGUACAAAUUCGAGAAAGAGAAAUCUACAUUCUGGGACAACAAUUUCUUAUGAAACCGCCAACGAAGGUCAAACUUGCAACACUAAUGGAGAAAAGAAGAACAACAAGGCCAAAUUGCAAAGAAGCCAUCUUCAUUCAUGGACGACGACAACACGCACGCCUUUUAAUGAUGGCCACCAAUGGAGAAAAUAUGGGGAGAAGAAGAUCAGCAAUUGUAAGAUGCCAAGAUGCUACUAUAGAUGCACACACAAAGAUGACCAAGGCUGCCAAGCAACAAAACAAGUGCAACAAAAGGACAAUGAGGAUCCUCCCAUAUACAUGGUCACAUAUAACAAGCAGCAUUCAUGCAAGACGAACUUCAUCUACUCAGAGGAAUUUGAGCAGUUUGAGUUGAUUGUGGAACCUCCCAUCACUGAUCCUUGCCAAUUGAGCUUGUGAUCAGUCAAUUCAUUGAAAUCAAGCACAAAAUAUUGGAGCAAAAAUAUACGUCCAAAGAGGAAACCCUAACUUGGAAUCAUAAAUGAGAGUUGCCCCUAACUUGGAAUCAUAAAUGAGAGUUGCCCAUGUUAAAAACAAGAACGGUUACAAAUUGCAACUUUGAGGAUCAUCGAUCAAGGUCAAGCACAAUGCAGCAGAAUUGCAAAACUUAAAUGUUACAUUUUCCGAUUUAGCGCCCAGGGCUAAUUUUUGCCCCUAUAUGUAAGUACUUUUUUUAACUUAUUUGUUUUUAUAUUUAUUGUAAUUUGUUUCUUUUAUGUAACUCCUAACAUGUAUAAUGCUUAGGAUUGAAUAGGAUAUAGUUUUUUUUUAAUAUCUUUGGCAUUCGAGAACAUGGACAAUAAGUGCUUAUAAAGUGGAGACAAUUCAAAGAA